GUUUAGGGGAGGGGGCGUGACGGGCGAGGAUGAGACGCUGCAUUCCUCUGCUCUGUUUCUGGAGCGCCUAUUGUUGCUUGGCCGCGGGAAGCUCAGCGCCCCUUGGUGCCGAGGGACCGCAGGAAGAUGAGCUCCACACAACCACAGAGGGACGGGCCAUGGCCAAAGCCGCCGUGAGGUUUAAUCUCCGCACUUCCAGGGACCCAGAACAUGAAGGCUGCUACCUUUCUGUGGGCCACAGCCAGCCUUUAGAGGACUGCGGUUUCAACGUGACAGCCAAAACCUUCUUUAUCAUUCAUGGAUGGACGAUGAGUGGCAUGCUUGAAAACUGGCUGCACAAACUUGUGUCAGCCCUACAGACGAGAGAGAGGGACGCCAACGUGGUGGUGGUGAACUGGCUCCCCCUGGCGCACCAGUUGUACACAGAUGCAGUCAAUAACACCAGCAAGGUGGGCCACAGUGUGGCAAGGAUGCUUGACUGGCUGCAGGAGCAAGGCAACUUCUCCCUGGCGAACGUCCACCUUAUUGGCUACAGUCUUGGGGCACACGUGGCUGGGUUUGCUGGCAACUUUGUGAAAGGAACCGUGGGCAGAAUCACAGGUCUGGAUCCUGCUGGGCCCAUGUUUGAAGGUGUGGACAUCCACAAGCGACUCUCCCCAGAUGAUGCGGACUUCGUGGACGUCCUGCACACCUACACGCGUUCCUUCGGCCUCAGCAUCGGUAUUCAGAUGCCCGUGGGCCACAUUGACAUCUACCCCAACGGGGGCGACUUCCAACCGGGCUGUGGCCUCAAUGACAUCUUGGGGUCCGUUGCCUACGGACUCACGGAGCUGGUGAAGUGUGAGCAUGAGCGAGCCGUCCAUCUCUUUGUCGACUCCCUGGUGAAUCAGGAUAAGCCGAGCUUUGCCUUCCAGUGCAGUGACUCCAACCGCUUCAAAAAGGGGAUUUGUCUCAGCUGCAGGAAGAACCGUUGUAACAACAUUGGCUACAAUGCUAAGAAAAUGAGGAACAAGAGGAACAGUAAAAUGUACCUGAAGACCCGCGCAGGCAUGCCUUUCAGAGUUUACCAUUAUCAAAUGAAAAUCCACUUCUUCAGCUACAAGAACAUGGGAGAAAUUGACCCCAACUUUUAUGUCACCCUGUAUGGCACCAACGCUGAAUCCCAGAGUCUGCCUUUGGAGAUAGUAGAGAAAAUUGGGCUCAACGCCACCAACACCUUCCUGGUCUACACCGAGGAGGACUUGGGAGAGCUCUUGAAGAUCAAACUUACCUGGGAGGGGACGUCUCGGUCCUGGUACAACCUGUGGAGAGAGUUUCGCAGCUACCUGUCCGGAUCCCCCAGACCCGAGCAGGAGCUGAGUAUCAGGCGCAUCCGGGUUAAGUCUGGGGAAACACAGCGGAGACUGACGUUUUGUGCCGAGAACCCCGAGAGCUCCACCAUAUCCCCAGGCCAAGAGCUGUGGUUUCACAAGUGUCGGGAUGGCUGGAGAAUGAAAAAUGAAACCAGUCCAACUAUGCAGCUGCCCUGAGGGUGCUGGGGCAGCCUUGCCAGUAAGCACCCCAUUCCUGCUGGCCGCAUGCAAGGAGAAAAGUUACUGCUGAGGACCCACCUGAAGAAAGGACCUGCCUCUCGGCCUUGAACUCGGAGUGCCAGGAGCAACCUGCCGGCUCGGCCCACGCUUUCGUACCCCAUGACUGCUGCAACUUCCUGCCUGUGGGGACUGCUUUGCUAUAGACAUUGUGGUCGCUCUAGACCAGCUCUUAAUUCCAACCCUCCCUGCAUGCUGUGUGUAUGAAAGAGAGAGUGGCAUGAGGACAGAGGUCUCCUGUGUACUUUGUACAGGUUUCCCAGAAGCUGGGUGAGCUAGGCUUGGCCCGA